UUGCCUCUCCUUGAGGGAUGAAUAAAUAGGUAGCUAUAGAGACAACCUGUCCACAGUCAGGCUGAGGUGGAAACCUAACCAAGGCUCUGCUCGUCUGCUGCUGGAGACCCAGUGCUGGUGGCAUGGAGAGGACCCUUGCCUGUCUGCUAGUCAUCUUCUUGGGGGCAGUGGCUCAUAAAUCAAGCCCCCAGGGACCAGAUCGCCUCCUGAUUAGACUCCGUCACUUGAUAGAUGUUGUUGAACAGCUGAAGAUCCACGUGAAUGACCUGGAGCCUGAACUUCUACCAGCUCCACAAGAUGUAAAGGAUCGCUGUGAGCACAAAGCUUUCACCUGUUUUCAGAAGGCCAAUCUCAAGCCAUCAAACGCAGGGAACAGUAAGAUGAUCAUUAGUGACUUGCUUGCACAGCUGAGGAGGAGGUUGCCUACCAAGAGGGCAGGGAGAAGCCAGAGGCACACAGAUAAAUGUGCCCCAUGUGAUUCUUACGAGAAAAAACCACCAAAAGAAUUCCUAGAACGACUAAAAUCACUCUUUCAAAAGGUAUGUGCCUUAAAUGCAUUUCUUUCCCUCCUUUAUGGCAUCUCGGUCUCCAGUGACUCACAGGCUGUUGUUUCUACAGAUGAUUCAUCGGCACCUUUCCUAGGACACAUAGACCCUGACGAUUCCCAAGGACCCCAGGACCCGAGGAGAUGCUGGGCACCACAGACACUCACAAACGCAGGAGUGCACUUCUCCUGGCAUUGCGAGAUAUGA